AUGUCAGAACGCAUCAAACGCCGCAAACUAAACCCCGACUCAGAACCAUCACCAAAUCUCGACCUACAAACCCUUCCAAACAUAGAGCACAUCCCCGCCAAAAUCCUCCUCCAAAUCAUCGCCCAUCUCCCCGGCCUCGACACCCUCUGGAAUCUUCUCACCGCAUCCCCUCGCUCCCUCCGCCUCUUCAACGCCCAAGCACUCACCAUCAUCGAAAACAUCUUUUCCAGCCCGAAUUCCAUCCUGCCGCCGAAAAUCCAGGACAUCAUCCGUGCUGUUAUUCUCACGCGAGCAGGUGCACUUCCGUUCAAGAGCCGCGAUGAGUUACGCUACCAGUUUAUACACCACAAAAUACCAAUGCGGACAAUCAAGGACAAGACAUGUAUCCCUUUUGGUCCUGAUUGUUUAACAACCGCGGAUAUACCCGUGCCAAUUCUUCGAUCUGUCGUUGCAACGGCACAUCACAUAUCAGCUCUUACACACGCUUGUCUAUCAUUCUAUCUCGGACAAGUCUACAACCCGAGCAUUUUCGCACCGCAACAUGCACAAACUCCCUUACCUCUAUACAAAAUAAGAGGCUCCAAUCCUCCAGAAGCCGAUAAGACUCCCGCUUGGUACCAAGUCUUCGUUGCAACGCCUUACACGGUAGUUGACGCAGGACCUCCCAGCUGGGUAGAAGAAAUGCGUGUAACACGCGCCAUGUGGCUCAUCCAACUAGUAGGAGACGUCCGUUCAUUCGUCUUCUUCAACUUUACCACAUCAGGCUGGUCAUACGAUGACAUCAACUCAACAUUCCCAACAUGGGCCGACAGCCUCGCCCACGACGGCUCCAUGAUCAACACUGGCGAAGAACUCCGCUCCGUAAUAGAAUACCUCGAAAAUCACGGCCUCCAAACAAAAAGCCAGCCCUUCUACAAACUCCCCAAACUCCCCGCCGACGCAAACCCCGUCAACCCAGUAACUCCCCUCCCAGACCCCUGCGAAGCAACCUGGGGCGGCAUCGGCAUCUGGUUCAACCACGGCCACAAAACCAUCAAACUGCCUCCCACCCGCGAAGCCCGAAAACGAGCAAAGGGCCCGCAACUCAGCGAAGCGUCUCUCCGAGGACAAACGAGAGCCAGUCUCGACAGCGAAGCCCCCGCAAUAACCCAGCUCCGGCACUUUAGAGAGGGAAGAUACGGCUUGCCGAUUACAGAGGCGCGGUUCGAGAGGUAUCGGCCGUUUGGACUGGCGUUUUGGGAUAAACGGAGAUUGCAGCUGUUAGGGCUUUUGGGGGAGGGACAGCAGAGUGAACGGGAUCUUGAUUUUUAUUGCUUUGCGUGGGAGAGCCUGCUGGAUGGUGAGUGGGUGAAGCAUAUUAUGAGGGUGUUGAGACAGGGCGUUGCGUUGGAGAAUGAGAGUGAGGGUGAUGUAAUUGUUGAGUCUGACGAAUCUGAUGAUUCUGAUGAUGAAGAGUAA